AAUUAAAAAAAGAACAACAGCAAUGGAAACAUACAUUUUCUAAAUUUUCUUACAAUAAAUUCAAUGAAGAUGGAUUAAAAUUUUGAUAAUAAUUUUUUUUUGAAAAAAAUUCAUGGAUUUUUCACAAGCCACCCUCAGUUACUGUGAUUUAAAAUGGAACUGACAAACUCGAAUCUUUCUGAAAGUCAAAUUAAUGUAAUUAAACAAUGAUUUACACUGUUAAAGAAAACUGUUUAUCCGGUUAUGAUGAAUCAGUCAAAUGUAUUCAUUGUAAUCAAUCAGAACAUGAAUCUUCAUGUAUUACUUGUUCAACAAGAACACAUCAAAAUUUAUCUAUUCCUAAUGAUAAUUUUAUAUCAACUAGACGAAAUGAACCUAAAGGAAAAUUGGAAUUAUUUUGUGUAUUAUCUUCAAUACGUGGUGUACAAAGAAUUUAUAGUUCACAAAUUCCAUUUAUUCGUAUUUUAUGGAUUUUAUUUGUUAUUAUAAUGACAUGUGUAUUAAUGGUUAGUUCCGGUUUUUUAAUAUCUGAUUAUUUAUGUUAUUCUACAGCAUGGAAUACACGUAGUUUAUUAGAUGAUAAAUCGGAAUUUCCAGCAAUCACCCUAUGUGCACAUAAUCCAUUUUCUUUAAAUGUCAAUGGAUUAUGGAAGGAAAAUAUUGUACCAAGUCCAAGACAAAUUAAAUCACGUUUAAGACAAUUAUUAGUAACAAUGUUAGAUAAUGGUAUUACAGAUUAUACUGGUGAUUUAGCUUUCUCAGAUUCAAUAGAAUUUUAUUAUACAAAUUUAAAUUUAGAUGAUACAAUUAAAGUUGGUCAUGAUAAAGAUAUGCUUUAUCAUUGUAUGUUAUAUGAAGAAGGUUCAACAGUUGUUGCAGAAAAAUGUGAUUUAGAAUUAGAAACAUCUGUCAGAAUAAGACGUUUUACACAUCCUAAGUACUUUAAUUGUUGGACUAUAGAUGGUAAACCUAAUGCUUCAACUUCUGAUGUUACAAGAUUAAUUAUUUUAGCACAUUUAAUACCAUUAAAAAAAAUUGAAGGUGCAAAUACUUCAUUUAUUAUGGAUUCAUUUACACGUGGUGAAGGUAUUAAAGUUGUUAUACAUGAAAAAGGAACUUAUCCAGAAAUUGAAAAACAUGGUGUUAAUAUACAACCAGGUCGUAUGAAUGAAAUUAAUUAUGAAACAUUAUUUUGGAAACGUUUACAUACACCAGUAGCACCAUGUACAAAUGAAAAUAUUUCCAUUGAAGAUCUUGGUGUACAUUAUACAUAUAAACAAAGUCAAUGCCUUAAUCGUAUGUUACAAAAUGAAUUAUAUAAAAGAUGUGGUUGUCUUAAUUCUGAAUGGCCUAGAUCAAUUAAACUGUUAGAUCAACAAAAAUUUUUACCAUAUUGUCAAAAAUUACCAAACAAUGUAAAUGAUAUAAAUGGUGCAGAAGAAAUGAAAACACGUCUUGAUUGUUUUGGUACAUUAUUAAAUGAUUUAAAACAGCUUAAAGAAAAAGCUGUACAACAAGGUGUAUGUAUACCACGUUGUGGUUAUUAUACAUAUGAUACAAAAUUAAGUGUUACAUCAUGGGAUCCAGAUCCAUAUAAACUUGCAUUAUAUACUAAAGGUUAUAGACAUGUUGAUAAAUUUUUAAAUGAACCAAAUCAAAGAAAACAUAUUGAUGAAUUAUUAGAAAAUUUUGAUGCAUCCAUAGAUCCUAUAAAAAGUAAAAGUCAAUUAACUACAAUACGUACAUUAUUUUCUAAUGAUUAUCAAAGAUUUGAUGAUGGUACACAUACUUAUAUUAGUUUAAUUAGACAAGAUUUUGAUACAAUCAUGAAAGAAGAACGUUUAGUAUUUGAUAUUUAUAUAUUAAUAUCACGUAUUGGGGGGUUAUGUUCAUUAUGUAUUGGAUUGACUAUGGCAUUUAUAGUUGAAUUAGUUGAAUUUAUUUAUUUAUUAUGUUGUAAAAAUAAUAUGAAAUUAACUAAAUCUAAUAAAAAUUUAAAAUUAAUGAAAACUAAUUGUACUCAACAAGGUUCCUAUGAAAAAGAAGAAAUGGAACAUAAUCAAUAUAAUACGAAUGAAUUCAAAUUAUCAGCUAUUCCAAAUAACCAUAAUUGUCAUUAUCAUGAUCAUGAUCAUCAUCAUUAUCAACAACAGCAAUGCCAAAAGUUUUGGCAAAUACAUUGUGAUAACAAUAAUAAUAGUAAUAGUAAU